AUGACAAGCCCCACUGUGGUCUAUUCGGGUGUCUCUAGUACACACGAUGUUGGUGGCGUUUUGUUCAAGGACACCAAGUUUUGGCUUUCAAGAACCGUCCCAUCAAGGUCAUGGAUAAUACAGCAGAUUCAGGCCAACGGUGGGAAAGUAGUAUUAUUAGAGAAAGAUGCUGAUGUACUUCUUGUGGACCAUAUGAGAGGGGACAACCCUCCUGGCUCAACUUCUUUCCGGUAUAUUGAAAAGUCCAUCCGGAGUGGGAAACGGGAGAGCCUAGAAGACCACCGCGCUGGUCCACAAGUUGGGUAUUUCCGUCCUGUUGGGUCGACUACCAUCCGCCAAAAGAGUCACCGAACCGCCUUUACUGCGAGAGAUGAUCAAAUCCUAUAUGACUGGGUGAAGCCUUUUGAAGAAAAUGGGGGCCACAUAGGAGGAAAUAAAAUUUACCAGCAACUUUCUGAAAAGUAUCCGCAUCAUACAUUUCAAUCAUGGCGUUAUCGUUACCUAAAUAAAGUCAAAGAUCGCCCACGACCUGUCGCCCCGGAGCCAACUGUCCGCGAGACUGACGAAGAACCCAGGAGUGACGAACGGCUGCAGGCGGACACAUCUAACACCCGAACCCCUGGCUCCGGCAGCAACAGAUAUAAACAUUUUACAGAGGAAGAGAAAGAAGACUUGCUCCGUCAUAUAAAAGAUAUUCUUAAUAUUGAUGACGGCAAGGAAGAUGAGGCCUGGUCGGCGUAUGCCGAAAAUACCGGCAAAUCUGUUGCGGAAUGGAAAUCUUUUUUUCAGAACGUUAUUCUGCCAGAAUACAGGUCAAGAAAAUCUAGGAAUACCGCUUCUCAUCAGGCUCUACCAGUAGCUCACCAUGAUAUUGCUGCCUCUUCUUCAAUUCGUGCGAAAUCUCCCAAGAAACAACAUAGUGAAAACUACAGCCUUACGUCCUUUUCAGAAAGUGGGAGCCAACAAAACUUGGCUCCUCUGGAAAAACAGCGCAUAGAUAUUAGAAAACGACAACGGAGCGCAACACAUCUUCCUGCCACUGAGGGAGAAUCUGAAAGCCGGAAACGAAAAAAUGUCGAGCCCACCGCUCGAGCAACGACAUGUCCGUCAGUUGCAAGACAGCAACCUGAUAGAGCAAUGGCUUUUACGGCUUCACCAACAAAUUCUCCCGGCUCCUCUAUUCGGGAACAGAGCACACAUUCAAAAUCCCACUUCCCCUAUCCCAGUAAUAACGAAAAUUCCACCUCCGCGAGCCGCGCCGUAUCUGCCACCACCACCAACUCAGCAUCAGAUGACCGUUUUGAAACCGCCCCUCAAUUCCGACAAGACACUUUGGAAAGCCAUUAUCAAACGCCUCCCCAGAUCCUAGAUCGCCGACACGAGUUCAACGGCUCUCCAACCCCGCGACCAACCCCGAUUGCUGAAACAAAUGCGCAUGCUGGCGACAAUCCCUCAUCCUUGCCCAACGAUCAGCCCUCCAUCGAACGUCUGGAUAAAUGGAUCGCCUCCAAAACCGUUGGUCCCAAGGCUUCCACCGAGCAGCAAGUUCUCGAAGCGCUAGCAUGCACCACUAUGGAUCCCGACCUAGCUGAUACGGUUCUCGAAGCAAUGGCAACUGGGAAGGGAAUACCUGACAAUAUUAGGGGCGUUUGGACGAAAGAAGAUGACGAGUGUCUUGAAGCGUCUGAUUCGAGGGGCAUUGAGGCUUUGAUUCAGAAGCACGGGGAUGAACUGUUUAAUGAGCGAUUUGAGUAUAUAAUGACCCGUAAGGAGGUGAUGAUGCAAAUGCAAAAACCAGCAGACUGAUGGAGAACGCACUAUGUUAGCCUUUUGUCACUCCCUCUCAUCCUUCCUUUCUGCUUUGCGUAAUAUCCAAUGGUUGUCGAUGCGCCUUGAGCAGAAGAUAUUAUUCUAUACAUGCAAAAUGCUAAACAUUCCUAUUCCAGGAUACUACAAACCUGGACGAAU